AUGAAAUUGACCAUCAAUACUCUCUCGAGCUCAAUCUUUUCUUGCACUGUCCAUCAGCAGAGCACUCGCAAACGAUCCCGUCUUCAGAAAAGGCUCUAAGAUGUUCCCUGUCUACUGCCGAGAGAUUGACACUCAUCCCGUUCCAUAUGGUGUACAGCUUCUCACCGGAAAAUCGUACUACCCGAGUUAUAGCCCAAUCCCAUCAGAAAAUCCAGUUCCAGGAGUCUUCACCAUCAACGAAGAUUACCUUGCGGUUUGUUGUAUCCGAAGGGCACCGCCCCGUCAACUGAUGGAUCUUAAGACGUGUAACGCCGCAAACCGUAUACCCGGGGCUUGA